AUGGAUUCUUCACCCCUGCAGUUUACCGCGCCGUCUGUGAUACGGGCUACGAGUUCUACUCGUUCGGUACUGUCUGUUACCUUGAGUGGACAUGGCGACUUCGACAAAGUCAAGUUUGAGAAGGCACCAUUACCAGUGAGGCUGAAGGCGGACCAUAUCGAAGUGGAGGUCUUUUACUGCGGCAUGAAUUUCACAGACAACUACUUGCGCCUGGGAAUCAUCAGGAGCACAGAUUUCCCAGUCAUCAUGGGCAGCGAAUGUACUGGGGUCGUGAGGCGUGUGGGAUGUGCAGUCACCAAUUUUGAGGUCGGACAGCCGGUGCUGUGCCUGCGAAUGCAGGGCGGCCUGUUCCGGCGGCUGGUGCACGUACGGCCGAGGUACUGCUUCCCGCUGCCGUCCACCGUCAGCCUCGUCAACGCCGCGGGUCUCGGCUUCAACUCCAUGCUGGCGUACCUCUGCCUCUUCUGGUCCGGCCGCCUCAGGGAGAAUCACACCCUGUUCAUGCAGUCCAUAGGAGGUGGCGUUGGCACGUCUGUUGUGCAGUUAGCCCAAACUGUUCGCGGAGUCACAAUUUUGGGAACUGCUUCAGACUCGAAACGUUCAAAACUCCUGUCUCUCGGAGUGACCAGGGUUUUUCACCAUGAAGAAGAUUACGUGGAGGAAAUAUUGGAGGCGUAUCCUGACGGACUAGAUAUGGUAAUUAACAGCAAUGGUGGAGACGAUGUCGAAAAAUGCAUAAAGUUGCUUAAACCGUUUGGGAGGUUCAUCAUUAUUGGUUCAAACAGCUCAGCUGCAUAUCCAAAAGCGUGUUGGUUGGGAAAACCGACUUGGAACAGCGGAAAUAUAGCCUCUUCGGAGAUAAUAAGGAAGAACGUCAUUGUAACGGGCGUGAAUGCUGGGGACUUCCUGGAAAACAGUCCUCAGGGUGCACGAUGUGUAAUGGAACAGAUAUUUCGAUUGCACGCCAGCCGGGAAAUAAAGCCCAUAGUUGACUGCUUUUUAUCUCUCAGCAAGGUAACUGAUGGUUUGCGGAAGCUGAGCAGCAGGAAAAACUACGGCAAAGUGGUUUUGGUCGUACGGCUUUGAUCAGCUCCACCAAUGAGAAAGCGGGACUGAGUUCAGAUUCCAUAGUUUUCACAAGUAUGAAGUUUAAGGGCCAAAGAGUGGGAACGAAAAAGUAUGCCAGCGUUACAAGACGAAAUUAAAAAAGGCACACGUUAGAGUCACUGGAAGUCAUGACAUAUUUACUCUGAGAUAAUGCAAGACUGUGGUGUUUUAAAACAGUAAUCCUAGUAAUUCUUGGGAUUUUUGUAUUCUUGUAAAGCAGCAGCGUUGUUUCCAUAUUGCUGACUUCGUAAAUAAUAUAUGCCUUGCUUGCAUUAUAAGAGAUUUUACUGUACGGUGUAAAAUAUACCAACUUU